UUUCUCUGUUUGCAAAUGCGCUGUUGCCACGUUGUUCACUAUAGCUUAUAUCUAAAGUAGGCUUUGAUAUUUUCCGUAUGCCAAUGUGAACAUUUUUUUGUGAUCAGACUGAUCAUUCUGACGCACCCUAACUUUUUCAAACAUUCUCAUCAACAUCUUCUUAUUAACAUUAUAUCAUUUAGUUUUUCUUUUUUAUAAUAGAAUUGACUUAUUUGAAAUAACAAAAAUGUCAGAUCACUUUGGCCCAAUAACUUUAAAAUGGGAUCCUAAAAAUUUAGAGAUUCGUACUAUGUCUGUAGAAAAAACGUUGGAACCCUUAGUUUUACAAGUUACUACACUUGUAAAUACAAAGGGUCCUAGUAAAAAAAAGAAAGGAAAAUCAAAAAGAGCUAGUGCUUUAGUUGGAACUGUUGAAAAAGCAACCAAUAAUUUUAUUGAGAAAGGUGAACAAAUAGCAUAUGAAAAUCCUGACAUUACUGCAGAAAUGUUAAGUGCUGUUGAAGAAGUAAGAAAAACAGGUGCUGCAAUGAGCAUUGCUGCUAGAGAGUUUUCAGAAGAUCCCUGUUCUUCUUUAAAAAGAGGCAAUAUGGUUCGUGCUGCAAGAAAUUUAUUAUCUGCAGUAACACGUUUGCUUAUUUUAGCAGAUAUGGUUGAUGUGCAUUUGUUGUUGAAAUCAUUGCAUGUAGUAGAAGAUGAUUAAAAAUUAAAGAAUGCAUCUUCACAGGGAGAGUUAUUAGAAAAUAUAAAACAAUUUGGUAGAAAUGCAUCAGAACUUAUGAAUCAAGCUGCAAAACGUCAACAAGAAUUAAAAGAUCCUCAAUUAAGAGAUGAUUUGGCUGCAGCAAGAGCUGUUCUUAAAAAACACUCUACUAUGCUUUUAACAGCCUCCAAAGUUUAUGUUCGACAUCCUGAAUUAGCUGCAGCAAAAGCAAAUCGUGAUUAUGUUUUAAAACAAGUCUGUGAAGCUGUAAAUACCAUUAAUGAUGUAGCACAAGGAAAAACUCCAAUUGAUACUCAACAUCCUUAUGAAGGACCUGGAGAAUUAGCUGCUGCAUUAGAUGAUUUUGAUGAAAGAAUGGUAAUGUCUCCACUUGCAUAUAAUGAAGUACGUACAAGACCCAGUCUUGAGGAAAGACUGGAAAGUAUCAUCAGUGGUGCUGCAUUAAUGGCAGAUUCUUCAUGCACUCGAGAUGAACGUAGAGAACGUAUUGUUGCAGAAUGUAAUGCAGUUAGGCAAGCACUUCAAGAUUUAUUAAGUGAAUAUAUGAAUAAUUUACAGCUUGCUCGGGGUGGGAAACGGAUGGGUGUCAAAGAACAAUCAGAAGGCUUAGAAAGAGCAAUUGAUCAUAUGUGUAGAAAAACUCGGGAUCUUCGUAGACAAUUACGAAAGGCUGUAGUAGAUCAUGUGUCAGAUAGUUUUUUAGAAACAAGCGUACCUUUAUUGGUUCUUAUUGAAGCUGCAAGAAAUGGUCGUGAUAAGGAAGUAGAAGAAUAUGCAUUAGUUUUUACAGAACAUGCUAAUAAAUUAGUUGAGGUUGCCAAUUUAGUGUGUAGUAUGUCAGGAAAUGAAGAUGGUGUAAAAAUGGUUCGGUAUGCAGCAGCACAAAUUGGAAAUUUAUGUCCACAAGUAAUCAAUGCAGCUCGUGUGCUUGCAGCUCGUAAUCGAUCUAAAGUAGCUUUAGAUAAUAUGGAAGUAUUCCGACAAGCAUGGGAAAAUCAAGUAAGAGUAUUAACUGAAGCUGUUGAUGAUAUUACUACUAUUGAUGAUUUCUUAGCUGUAUCUGAGAAUCACAUCUUAGAAGAUGUAAAUAAAUGUGUAUUGGCAUUACAAGAAUGUGAUGCUGAUACUUUAGAUAGAACCGCGGGUGCGAUUCGUGGACGAUCUGCCAGAGUGUGUAAUGUUGUUCAAGCAGAAAUGGAUAAUUAUGAGCCUUGUAUCUAUACAAAACGAGUUUUAGAAGCUGUGAAAGUUCUAAGAGAACAAGUGAUGCCGAAAUUUGCGCAGAGAGUAGAAGUGGCAGUGGAUGCAUUGGGUAGUAAUCCAGCUAAAGAUGUAGAUGAAAAUGAUUUUAUAGAUGCUUCAAGAUUAGUUUACGAUGGUGUUCGUGAAAUUAGGCGUGCCGUAUUGAUGAACAGAGCGGAUGAAGAUUUAGAUCCAGAAGAUGUUGAACUUGAUGAACAUUAUACAUUAGAAACUCGUAGUAAAUCGAGCGCGCAAACCGGUGAACAUGGUGUUGAUGAAUAUCCAGAAAUAAGUGGUAUUACUACGGCUCGUGAAGCUAUGCGUAAAAUGCCAGAAGAAGAUAAACAAAAAAUCUUACAACAAGUAGAAUACUUCAAAAGUGAGAAACUAAAGUUUGAUAAAGAAGUUGCCAAAUGGGAUGAUGCAGGAAAUGAUAUUAUUGUACUUGCAAAGCAUAUGUGUAUGAUUAUGAUGGAAAUGACAGAUUUUACUAGAGGUCGCGGACCUUUAAAGACGACUAUGGAUGUCAUUAAUGCAGCAAAAAAAAUUUCUGAAGCUGGAACUAAAUUAGAUAAAUUAACAAGACAAAUAGCAGAUCAAUGUCCAGAAAGUUCUACUAAAAAAGAUCUUUUAGCUUAUCUACAACGUAUAGCAUUAUAUUGUCAUCAAAUGAAUAUUACAAGUAAAGUUAAAGCAGAUGUACAAAAUAUUAGUGGAGAAUUAAUUGUAUCUGGACUUGACAGUGCAACUUCUCUUAUUCAGGCAGCUAAAAAUUUAAUGAAUGCAGUUGUACUUACUGUUAAAGCUUCAUAUGUUGCAUCAACCAAAUAUCCUCGACAAUCUACAGUAACUUAUUCACCAAUUGUUGUAUGGAAAAUGAAAGCACCAGAAAAGAAACCAUUGGUACGUCCUGAGAGACCAGAAGAAGUUAGAGCAAAAGUACGUAAAGGUUCACAGAAAAAAGUGCAAAAUCCGAUACACGCAUUAUCUGAAUUUCAGAGUCCUACAGAAAGUGUUUAAAAUUUUACAUGUAAGUAAUUUAAUAAAAAUGAAAUUUAA